AGUAGCUUUAUCGGACAGUUUGAUGAUAAGGAGCAACCCAUCUUUGUUGACUUCACUCCAAUAAUUGUUGGCGAAAUAGGUGUACUCGCUUCGAGUCCUUUGUCUCUCGGAUCUUCCACUCCAGAGCAUCAGAGCAUCAGCAUCAGCAUCAUCGUCCUCGACUCCCCAACAUCAUAAUUUUCUUCUCAAGUCCUGCCCUCCUUUUUACUUCAGGUUUUGUUCUUUGAUCUCUUCACUCAUUGCUUCUGUUCUUUAAUGUUCUUCAGGUGUUAUUCUGUUAGAUCUGGGUUUUGGCAAUGGUUUUCUUGUCUCCUGGGUUUGAUCACUUAUGAGGAUCUUCGAACAUUAUAAAUUUGUUGCUGACGCAACCACGCAGGACAUGAUUUCCUUCUACAGUAAUCCUGCUAUGCACUUAAUAUAUAUUGGACCUUCCAACUGUUGUUCUCACACAGUGUACCCACAGCACAAUAAUUCCUCUCCCUAAACAUAGACCACACUUUCUGAGUGUUUACAAAUGGUCCAUUAUACACUUUGUCUCUUGCUAACCUUAGGAACAGUAGUAAAAUGGUUAUUACGAGCUUAUAAAAGAGACAGACUAAAAUAUCUCCCAACAGUGCUUAAAUUCCUCUUGUAGCUAUUAGAUUCAUUUAAUCAUCUGUAAGAGAAUCUCGGCAAAAUAUUGUGAAAAACACGUCCAGAAUCUUGUUAGUCCAUCAAUUUUGGCAUUUGGAAUUUUACAUCUAUUGCCAAGAGCAGUAGUCCGUCAGGUUUCAAGUCCUAUAACUAUCGGACUUUCCACUCCAGAGCAUCAGCAUCAGCAUUGUCCUCCGCUCCCAAUACCGUACUUGUUCGUCUCAAGUCCUGCGCUCCUUUUUUCUCAGGUUUUGCUUGAUGGACGUAAAGCUAUCUAUAGAAGAGGAGGGCGUUGGAAUGAAAAAAUCGAUCCCGGAGGAGGCCAAGAAGGAUGAAAGAGGAGCUUCCGUGGAAAUGUUGGAGGAUGAAACGGAUUUUUUGAAGGAAGAAGAAAUCUGGAGGAGACGACGGGAGAGAUUGAAAAAUGCAUUGGCGGCUGUGCGAACCGCGGCAGGACAAGAUCCAGAAGAAGUUUAUGCAGCUGCUGAAGAACUGGCAGUUGUCAUCAAAAGCGCCGAUGUCGAAGGGUUCAUUUCCGCGAUUGAAAAGCUUGCCGAUCGAACCGAUCUGUCUGCCGUUUUAAAUACCCUGGAGCCAUGGAACCGUUCACUUCUCCACCAUGCAGCAGACGCCAGCAACGACGAUAUCCUAAGGUUCCUGCUUGAUUGUGUGGGUGACCACCUCAUAGCCGCCCAAGAUGAUUGGGGAGAUACCCCACUCCACUUGGUCGCUAGGCACGAGGGAUCUACUAGAGCUGCCGAGAUGUUGAUUCGCCGGGCAAGAGACCUCCCCAACGUUGAGGACAAGAACCAGAUCCUGAGGAUGAAAAACAAACUUGGAAACACCGCUUUGCACAUUGCCGUGCAACGGGGUAACGUUGAGGUGGUGCGCUAUUUGUUGAACGAAGAUUUGGAGCCCGUGUACUGGAAGAACGCGGGUCAGAAAUCUCCCCUGUACCUGGCCAUCGAGAGCAACGACUCUGCAAUACAUGACGUUUUAUUUUCGCUCUCGUUGGAACCAUCAAAGAUAGAAGGCUUGCCGCCCAUUCAUGGUGCCAUUAUGCGUUCCAACAGGGAUUUAGUCGCCAAGAUACUCGAGAAGAAUGUGAAGCUAUUUGCAAUGACCGACUCCAGAGGCAGUAAUGUAUUCCAUUUAGCAGCUUCCACAUUUCAGUCCCAUAUAUUCGAACUCUUAGGACCGAAAACUGAACAUUUGGCCCGACAAUGGGAUAUGAAUGGGGAUCUUCCCAUUCAUAUUGCAAGCAAAAUGGAUAAUGUUUACCAAAUCGAGAAGCUACAUCUGGUAUCACGGUUCCCAAAUGGGCAAGGGCGAACUGUUCUUCAUGUCGCAGCAAAAUAUGGGAGAGCUUCAACAGUGAAAUAUAUACUCAGACAUCCAGAAUUGGGGGAGCAGAUAAAUGCAAUAGAUCAUGAUGGAAAUACGCCCCUGCAUUUGGCUGCAAUGUAUUCACAACCCGCUGCUUUGAUUGCUCUUUUGCUGGAUGAAAGAAUUGAACUCGCUGUUUCCAACAACAAAUGCUUGACUGCUGUUGACAUUGCUCGAGAACGAUGGGCAGGGGGGCUUACGAUUCGGAAGCAAUUCGUAUGGAUGGCGUUGGCUUGCUUGUGCAUUGGGAAAGUUUCACCUGUAAGCAGAGACUUAAUCAUAUUCAGGCCGGAAGUUCGAGAGAAAGAGUAUGCAGGAUUAGUCCGCUCACGAAAAAAGAUGCCAGACAGGAACAUCGUCAACGAUUCCAUCGACUCCCGUAUGGUGGUGGCUACGCUGGUGGCUACUGUGACUUUCGCAGCUGGUUUUGCAGUUCCUGGAGGAUUUAACAGCUCAGACACGGCCUCCAAAGAUGACCGGGGCAUGGCUACGAUGCUGGACAAUAGAAUGUUCCAGGCUUUCGCGAUUUGCAACACCAUCGCGAUGUUUUGCUCAAUGACCGUGGUCGUCAACCUCAUCUGGAUGCGGUCAAUCAAUGUCCACAUUGCGAUAACUGCAUAUGAGUGCACAACGCUACCGCUAAAAAUUGCACUCCCGGCGAUGUCCGCUGCGUUCUUAACUGGUGUCACCUUGACCGUUGGCAAACUCCCUUGGCUUGCUAACACCAUAUUUUAUUUGGGGCUCAUUUUCGUCCUCAUUAUCUCCGUUCCUAGAUUGUUAGAGUACCCUACCUUAUUUAUGAUCUGCGGUCGUCGUAUCGGUCGUCUGACAUUCUGGCUUAUUCUCGCUUACAUUUAUUUGUGGAGACUUGGGACGUACAUUUAUGAUGACACGGAAGAUGACGGAACGGCGAGCGAGACCUCCGCUAGUCAGCCAGCGGAUGGUGCUGGUGAAUUGAAGACCGAUGACAGACCCAAAAAAACAAAAAACAUCGAAGACCGAUGAAUAGGCGACAGCGCAACGUGGGGACGUGCCUCAUCUUCCAAGUCACUGAUUUCAAUUGACCAUUCCAUAUUAUUUAUGAUAUGCCGAAAUAAUAUAAAUUUUCCUUGGUGUAUGCGGCUCAUUGGACGGAUGCUUUCCCAUUAUGUCAGAUCUAAGGUGAUUGUUUAAGUAUUUAAACUAAACAACGUCUUCCUCUAAUAACUUGUUGGAUAUAA